CUAUUCCGCCCUUACGUGUCAUGGCUGCCAGCCCAACUCUCCCAAUGGGCUUCGGAGUCCGAUACCAGCCAGCUCUGGCGCCACCAAGUCGUCCACAGCCAAGCGCGUUACUCUCUCCGCUUCUUAGAACCGCCCCGAAACCGCCGCUAAGAAAACCCUGCGUUGCCAGCUUGCCCCAAAGCAAGAUGGCUGCCCGUCUCCAUUCUCUCUUCCCUACGUGAAGCUAGCCAUUCCCUGCUUAAUGCCGCUGCCAGGCUGCCCUCACCUAGUAUGGCUCCUCCGCUCAUGCCUCGUUAUGGUCUCGAAGCCGACACUAACCGGCCAGGUUCCGGGAGGCGCUGUGCAGGAUGCAGCCACCCCCGCCCGUCCCUCCCCUCCCCCACGCCCGCGGCGGCGGCGGAGGCGGAGGCGGCGGCGGCUGGAGCCCGGAUGCGGCGCCGGGAGACAGGCCCGGGAGAGCCGCGCGGAUGGAUCCAACAUGGCGGCGCCGAACCUGAGCCGAGAGGAGAUGAGUAAAGCGCUCUUCUAGUUUUUUUUGCAAUUAGCCGUACAAGAAUGGGGAGGGAAUCGUGAUUGGAACCUUAUAUACCAAGGUGGAGGCACUGGAAGCCUGAGGAGGCUAUGGAAGAGGCAGGCUGGCAUUUAGGAAGAGACCUGGGAAAUUAAAUUUCUUGCAAAGGACACUGGAGAUUGCAGCUGCUGAGCAGGGGUUCUGGAAGGCACUCUGUCCCUGAGCCUCUAGCAUGGCGGGCCUGAAGCGGCGGGCAAGCCAGGUGUGGCCUGAAGAGCAUGGUGAGCAGGAACAUGGGCUCUACAGCCUCCACCGUAUGUUUGACAUCGUGGGCACCCACCUAACGCACAGAGAUGUUCGUGUGCUUUCUUUUCUCUUCGUUGAUGUUAUUGACGACCAUGAGCGUGGACUCAUUCGAAAUGGCCGUGACUUCUUACUGGCACUGGAGCGCCAGGGCCGCUGUGAUGAGAGUAACUUUCGCCAGGUGCUGCAGCUGCUGCGCAUCAUCACUCGCCAUGACUUGCUGCCCUACGUUACUCUCAAGAAGAGACGGGCUGUGUGCCCUGACCUUGUAGACAAGUAUCUGGAGGAAACAUCAAUUCGCUAUGUGACCCCCAGAGCCCUCAGUGAUCCAGAACCGAGGCCUCCCCAGCCCUCUAAAACAGUGCCUCCCCACUAUCCUGUGGUGUGCUGCCCCACUUCAGGUUCUCAGAUGUGUAGUAAGCGACCAGCCCGAGGGAGAGCCACACUUGGGAACCAGCGAAAACGCCGGAAGUCGGUGACACCAGAUCCCAAGGAAAAGCAGACAUGUGACAUUAGGCUUCGAGUGCGGGCGGAAUACUGCCAGCAUGAGACUGCUCUGCAAGGCAACGUCUUCUCCAAUAAGCAGGACCCACUUGAGCGCCAGUUUGAGCGCUUUAACCAGGCCAACACUAUCCUCAAGUCCCGGGACCUGGGCUCCAUCAUCUGUGACAUCAAGUUCUCUGAGCUCACCUACCUCGACGCAUUCUGGCGCGACUACAUCAAUGGCUCGUUAUUAGAAGCACUGAAAGGUGUCUUCAUCACAGACUCUCUCAAGCAAGCUGUGGGCCACGAAGCCAUCAAGCUGCUGGUGAACGUGGAUGAGGAGGACUAUGAGCUGGGCCGACAGAAACUCCUGAGGAACUUGAUGCUGCAAGCAUUGCCCUGACCUUUCCCCCUUCUCACCUCUGGGGAUUGUUCGCUCCAUCACGUCUGGAGCUUACAUACUAUUCUGGGGUUUGUUCUCUGCCCUUCAGCCAAUCACACCGCCUUUUUUUUUUUUUUUUUUUAAAGGAAAAGACAAAGGAAAGUGGAAGUGGUGUUCCCUACCCCUCCCUGCACCCAUGUGCCUGGGCUUCCCCUCUGUUUCCUGUUGCCACUUACCCCAUAAUGUGUGUCUACAGCCACCUUACCACUGAGCCGUAAGACAAGUGUAUAGGGACGGAGUCUAUGGAACAUAGCCUGUGUAAGGGACUGAACGUUGCUUUCAGGUGCAUCGAGGGGUAAUCGAUACUUCUGGCUUUAUGAGGGCUCUUAGAUUUGUCUGAAAACCAAAGGGCUGUGAGUAAAGGAGCUGUGGAAGGUGGGACUCGGAAGUGUAUUUUGGAAAUUAAUUACCACCUUCUUCCAAAUUAUAGAAUUUUUUAAAAACAAAGAAGCUGUGGCCCUUUCCACUCUCUCCUGGCCUCUGGUGCUGCUCCUCUCUGCCUUUCCUUCAUUCCAUGGCUUGAAACUGCUGCCUCGUGUGGCUCCCUCCUUUUCCCCUUUGUUAGAUCCUCUCCAACAGUUAGAUGAUUGGGGCAGCCUCAUAACCCCUCCCAGCUGUGAUGUAUGCGUGACACCAAUACACAGGAUAGACAGAGGACAGGGUGCUGGUUAAAGUUUCUCUGAAAAGGAGGGGGUGUGUGGCCUGUCCCUUCCAUUUCUAGUGAAAAUAACAAAUGAACUCUUUCCUCAUCCUGAGCCCCUUUGCCCUUGCUUCCUUCUGGCUUGAGAGAAAGUGAGUGUUCAGUAUCAACUCCUGCUCCUGCCCUCUACCUUUCUUCCUGGAGAAUGGGGCUAGGACAUGCACUGAGCCUUGUUGUACUUUCUUAGGUAGGGAGGCAUGUUUGAGCCAGGGGCUACAAGUGGAGCCUAUUCGAGCAGGUACCACACCACCUCCCCUUCCAGCCCCCAAAGGAGAAGCCCAGACAGACAUUAUGAUUAUUAUAUUUUUUUCAAUGCCAGUGCUGCUCAGCCUUCAGCGUAACUUCAGUUUUCAUGAAAUAAACACUGACUA